ACGUGCGCGCUUCCGGCGGGUGUAGACGGGGCUUCGGGACUCUUUCCCGGGAUACCUGCGGACCGCAUGGAAGACAGACGAUGAAUCAGAUGUGGUCCUCGCCCUGAAGGAACCCCUACUGGAGGAGAGAAACCUUUGGAAGAUUUUAGUACCAGUGCAAAGACUCUUGGAAGCAUGAUACCCAGAAAACCUGUCUUAUCUGUGAGUGCAAGAAAAAUUAAGGACAAUGCAGCUGAUUGGCAUAAUUUAAUCCUGAAAUGGGAAACCCUCAAUGAUGCAGGUUUUGCUACAGCAAAUAAUAUUGCCAACCUGAAAAUCAGUUUAUUGAGUAAAGACAAGAUAGAGUUAGAGAACAGCAGCCUGGCUUCCAAUGACAAUGCAGAAAAGAUGCACCCGGAGUACAGUAAGGAGCUGGAGAUGCUGUGUGAGGGGCUGCAGGCCACCUUAGAUGGUUUGACCAAAAUACAGGGGAAAAUGGAAAAGCUGUCUUCAACUGCCAAGGGAAUUUGUGAACUAGAAAAUUACCAUUAUGGGGAGGAGACAAAACGGCCCCUCCUGUUUCACACAUGGCCCACAGCCCAUUUUUAUGAGGUUUCCCGCGAGCUCUCUGCCAUGUACUGGAAGGAGCUCCUCCUGAAGCGCACCAUCGUUGAAGAGCUGGCACACACUGUGGACCAUGACCUCACCCUGAGCUACCUGUCCAUGUGGCUGCACCAGCCCUACGUGGAGAGUGACAGCAAGCUGCUUCUGGAAAGCAUGCUGCUCGAAACAGGCCACCGAGCACUGUGACUGCCCAACAUGGCUUUGUGCAUGAGCCUCCAGGCUCUGUACUACUGGCUUCUGUAGCUCCCAAGGUGGACAGUCUUUCAGGUAGGAUCCAGUGCUGCACCCCAGGAUUAUACCGUGUUCUGGCGUGGCCACCCACUGACCUUCUUAGAGUCUUCCAGACUGGAUCAUUUCACCAGCUCCCUGCAGCCUCCCCAGACACAUUACUGCUGUGUGCCAUCCACCACUCAGCAUCAUUGGCACCUACUGUGAGUCUGUCCCCCAUGAAGACUUCUGCUGGAAAUAAAUGAAUUCAUCAGAAUGA